UAAUUAUAUGAAAAUUGUUAAGGUCUCGAAGAAACAUAUCCAACCAUGGAAUUGAUAAUUGAACCAGUAACCUGUAUGGGGCGCUUGAGUCAAAUUGCUAUUAAAAUGUGCAUACCCUGGGCUCCCGGUUUUACCAAAUACCAAAUUCUUCGAGAUCCAUCAGCUGAACCAUUUUAUGUUAAUGCUCCAGUUCCCAGCCCUUUUGGCUAUAAUUCUUCGAUUAAUCCCAUUUCAUUAGAAAUAUUUAUGGAUCCAGUAUGCCGAUAUCAUAUAAGUUAUAAGUUUUCCGUUGCGGGUACAAUGGCGAAAAUCGUACAGCAAUUUUAUCAAUGGUUGCCGGCACAUCUAACAGCUAUAAUAUUUAUUAUACUGAAGAAUCAAAUUUGGAAAUUGAAUGAGGAAACUAGUGCAAAAGAUGUUCGACCUCUACAUAGGUACUUUCAAUAUGACUCUCUAUACAUUAUUGCUGGUAAAACUUCUUUUGCUGCAAGAAAGUGAUUUUUAUGGUCGCUUCACGUAAUUUUUUUCGUCAGAAUCAUCUUGUAAAAAAAAUGUACAUAAAACAUUCUACAAGGAUAAGAAUAAAUCAUAUAUACAUGCAGCAUCACGCAAGUAAAGCCGAAAAAUUAAUCAGUACAUGAUCAUUUUACUACUCAUCAAAAUCA